AUGAGUGCAAACAUGUUUGGAGCGGAGGACACUGUCCUCCAGGUCGACAACGAAGAGUGGCUGAGUGAGCCUCGCGAAGUGGAAGAUCUACCUCUACCUCAUGAUUUCCUCUGGGGAACUGCGACAGCUGCGUACCAAAUCGAAGGAGGUGCCUCCCAAGACAAUAAAGGCAAAUCAAUCUGGGAUACAUUCAGUCAUCUCGAGCCGUCUCGCACCAACGGAGCGAAUGGCGAUGUGGCCUGCGAUCAUUACAACCGCGUUGCUGAGGACGUCGACCUUAUGGCAUCCUAUGGGGUAGACACAUAUCGAUUCUCCAUUUCCUGGUCUCGUGUGAUCCCAUUGGGCGGGCGAGAUGAUCCCGUCAAUGAAGAUGGAGUUUUGUUCUACAAUAAGCUCAUUGAUCUCUUGUUGUCCCGAAAGAUCAUCCCAAUCGUCACCCUCUAUCACUGGGACGCCCCGCAAGAAUUGUAUGAUCGGUACGGUGCCUUUCUGAAUACAUCGAUGUUCAAGGCAGAUUUUGAGCGAUAUGCCCGGCUGUGCUUCUCUCGCUUUGGCGAUCGUGUCACCAAAUGGGUUACUUUCAACGAACCAUACAUCAUCUCGAUUUUUGGCCACCACAGUGGUGUUCUUGCUCCCGGUCACAAUGCCGCCGGUGGCCAUGACACGCGAACAGAACCGUGGCGAGUGGGCCAUACUAUCAUUGUUUCCCAUGCAGCUGCAGUACAGAUCUACGCGACAGAAUUCCAGCCUACUCAGAAUGGCUCAAUCACAAUCGUGCUCAACGGCCACUUCUAUGAGCCAUGGGAUGCGAAUAGCAUCGAGCACCAAGCCGGCGCUCAACGCAGAUUGGAAUUCUACAUAGGCUGGUUCGCAGAUCCCAUCUUCCUGGGCACAGACUACCCCGCCGAAAUGCGGUCUCGGCUUGGAUCUCGCCUCCCGGAGUUUUCUCCCGAUGAGAUGGCCCUUCUCCGCAAUACCGCAUCCACGAACGCCUAUUAUGGAAUGAAUCACUAUUCCACUAAGUUUGCUCGGGCUCUCCCAGACCCACCGGCCGAAGAUGACUGCACAGGGAAUGUGGAGGAACUCGCAACCAAUAACAAAGGCAAGAUGGUUGGUCCUGUUUCUGGCAUGGCUUGGCUUCGUGUUGCCCCAGAUGGAUUCCGAAAGCUUCUGAACUGGGUCUGGGAUCGGUACCGCCUCCCAAUUGUUAUUACCGAGAAUGGCUGUCCAUGUCCAGGCGAAAGCAACAUGAGUCUCGAACAGGCCAUAAAUGACGACUUUCGGGUACGAUAUUUUGGUCUUUAUUUGGAUGCUAUCUCGAAGGCUAUUUAUGAAGACGGUGUUCUAGUACAAGGAUAUUGUGCCUGGAGCUUGAUGGAUAAUUUUGAAUGGUCGGCUGGGUAUAGCGCCCGCUACGGUAUCACGCAUGUCGAUUACGAUACACUUUUGCGGACUCCAAAGAAAUCCGCUUUGUACUUGAAGCGGACGUUCAAUGAGCGACGCAAGAAGCAUGAGUAG